AUGACUGAGGUGGACAUUCUUGCAGAUGUGAACUUCCCCACUUCCUCUAUCUGCCAGUGUGGGCCCGUGGAGAUCCGCGCAGAUGGCCUGGGCAUCCCGCAGCUCCUGGAGGCCAUACUGAAGCUGCUGCCCCUGGACACCUACGUGGAGAGCCCAGCGGCUGUCAUGGAGCUGGUCCCCAGCGACAAGGAAAGGGGCCUGCAGACUGCAGUGUGGAAGGAGUACGAGUCCAUCCUGUUCCGGGCCAGCUGCACGAAAGCCCUGGCGAAGAUAGAGAGAUUUGAGUUUUACGAGCGGGCCAAAAAGGCUUUUGCUGUUGUAGCCACGGGGGAGAUGGCCCUCUACGGAAACCUCAUCCUCAAGAAGGGAGUGCUUGCCCUCAGUCCUCCAUGAUGGGCCCGGUGAAGACCCCCCUGGGCCAGAAGAGCCCGGAUAAUGCCAUGCCACUGACCCAACAGCUCUUCCAAGGCAGUACUCAGACUUGAGCCCCAGUCAGGGGCUCGAGGCACCAGCAAACCUGGGCAUGGGCCCUGGGGACUGGGACUAGUAUCCCUGUGAAACUGAUGGAAAAAUUGAGCCAGCAUUCGGUGUAAAGGCUUAAAUAACAGCUCUGCUCUCACUCCA